CUUGAACAAGAUUUAAAAAACUUUAUGGAGUGGAAAAAUAUGGGGGUCAGGAAAAGACUGAAACAAGAUGUUGUACCACAUAAAUUCGAUUGUCAGAAGGAUAGAAAACAUGAUUCUGAGAAUCGAAAUGUGUCAAAACAAAUCAAGAUUGAAAUCUUGAAAAAUUCUCUAUGUGAUAGGCCAACAGAAAACUUAUCAAUAUGUGAUUGGCAAUUAAUGAAAGAAGAAGAUGGCAAUGAAUCAUUGUCAGUAGAAGACACUUUGCUUGACAGGUACAAAAUAUCGAGAGAGGCUCACAAGUUUGUAUCAAAGGGAAUACAAGUUCAAUAUAAGCCGAAAUUCCGAAGCAAAUCGACCCAGUGCUCCAUUCCAACAACUUCUACAUGUCGAAGCUCUUCUCCUAUAAAAACUUCAACUGUAAAUAUAACACUAUCUCCAAUAAAGAUUAGUUUUUCUGGGAAAGAAAAACCAUACUCAUCUAAGUCAUAUCCAAGUGGCAGCAAAACAAAUAAGUCUUCUCCGUCUAUCGCUUCUGGUGAUUCAAAUUUCUAUGAAAUGGUAGAUUGAGAAGAUCCAAAGUGUUCCAAACAUUUACUGUAUAUAUAAUAAAAAAUGAUCUGAGAGGAAUCUUAUUCCUCACCUGGAUUUUUA